AGAGCUGAGGCCUGGGGAGGAGUGAGCAGCUGCUCCCGGUCGGCCCUUUGGCCCUGCCCUACGGACAGACACACGGACGGCCUGACAUCCUAGCCCACCAACUAGCCAGCCUGCACCUGGCUGCUUCCCCUCCCCAGGCACAGCCACCAUGCGGCCCCUGUGGUUCCUUGCGAUACUGCUGGCCCUGAGCCAGGCCCUGCCCUUUGAGCAGAAGGGCUUUUGGGACUUCGCCCUGGACGACGGACUCAUGAUGAACGAUGAAGAGGCUUCCGGCGCUGACACGACCUCCGGCGUCCCCGACCUGGACUCGGUCACACCCACCUUCAGUGCCAUGUGUCCUUUUGGCUGCCACUGCCACCUGCGGGUUGUUCAGUGCUCUGACUUGGGUCUGAAGACUGUGCCCAAAGAAGUCUCGCCCGACACCACGCUCCUGGACCUGCAGAACAAUGACAUCGCUGAGCUCCGCAAAGAUGAUUUCAAAGGCCUCCAACACCUCUACGCUCUGGUCCUAGUGAACAACAAGAUCUCCAAGAUCCAUGAGAAGGCCUUCAGCCCUCUGCGGAACCUGCAGAGACUUUACAUCUCCAAGAACCACCUGGUGGAGAUCCCCCCCAACCUACCCAGCUCCCUGGUGGAGCUGCGCAUCCACGACAACCGCAUUCGCAAAGUGCCCAAGGGCGUGUUCAGCGGGCUCCGGAACAUGAACUGUAUAGAGAUGGGUGGAAACCCUCUGGAGAACAGUGGCUUUGAACCUGGAGCCUUUGAUGGCCUGAAGCUCAACUACCUGCGUGUCUCAGAAGCCAAACUCACUGGCGUCCCCAAAGAUCUCCCCGAGACCUUGAAUGAACUCCAUCUGGACCAUAACAAGAUCCAAGCUAUCGAGCUGGAAGACCUGCUCCGCUACUCCAAGCUGUACAGGCUAGGCCUGGGCCACAACCAGAUCCGGAUGAUCGAGAACGGGAGCCUGAGCUUCCUGCCCACCCUGCGAGAGCUUCACCUGGACAACAACAAGCUGUCCCGGGUGCCUGCCGGCCUCCCGGACCUCAAGCUUCUCCAGGUGGUCUACCUGCACUCCAACAACAUAACCAAGGUGGGUGUCAACGACUUCUGCCCCAUGGGCUUCGGCGUCAAGCGGGCCUACUACAAUGGCAUCAGCCUCUUCAACAACCCUGUGCCCUACUGGGAGGUGCAGCCAGCUACCUUCCGCUGCGUCACCGACCGCCUGGCCAUCCAGUUUGGCAACUAUAAGAAGUAGAGUCAGUGGGAGCCACCGUGGUGGCCUUGAUGUGGAUCUCUGAGGAACACAGCCAGGUGUCCCAGAGGGGAAGGAAAGGCAAGGAACUAAAGCCCCACACCUUUGCUCCGUCACCCCAUCUCACUGCCCCACUGCAGCCUCUCCCUGGCUCCCAAGCAUGCACAUGGGCACAAGGCCUGACUGCCUCACCUGCUCCCCUCAGCUUCUGAAGUGCACCACGCACCCACCACGGCUCCUCUUUAAAGCUUCCUCAGAUGUCUGAGGCCCUGGGUCUGUUGGCACGGAUGGGGAAAGCAAACUGCCAUGGCCACUGGUCUUCCUCUUCCUCAUCCACUUGCAGCCUUCUAGCUGCCUCGGGCUCUGUGUGCUGCCCUUGGCCUCUCGUGCCCCCUCUUUGGAAAGUUCACCACCUGUCUAUCGCCACACCUGGCUCUGCUGGUCCCUUGACCAGUCCCCUCGGAACACUAUUUCGCUUCUUGACACUUUUUUCCCUUCUGGACUUGCUGUCUGUCUCUUGUUUCUCUCCCUCUCCCUCUCUCUCUCUCUAUCCCUCUCCCUCCCUCUCUCUCUCCCUCUCUUCCUCUCUCUUUCUCCCUACUGCCCCAGGCUGCCUCUGAUUUCUGCCUCACAGAUUCCUGCCCAGCACAGGGGUAGCUGCCUCCCUGGCUACCCUGUCCAGCACUUGUCCCUAGUACUGACUUGCCCAGCACUUGUCCCUAGUCCACUGUCAAUGGGAGGAGGUAGUAACUUCCUACCCCCCAGGAGAGGCGUGGCAGGCCACCAGAGUCCCCAGAACCAGUUUGCAUUGGCCCCUGCCCUCUCCCCCAAGAUGGCUAAGUGUCUCUCUCUCACCCACCAGUCCCUGCUGUGGUGGAGGGUGAGCAGUCUCCCCCAGCUGAAGGAGUGCUGCUUCUUAAGUUGGUUGUAUUUCAAUUAAAGAAACACUGUGCAAUAUGA